CGGCGGAAGAGAGUGACGACAAUAACAAACAGCGGCGGCGGCGGCGAGGAGGAGGAGAUUGAAGAGGCAGCAGCGUCCGUCCGAGGAGAGCCCUCCGUCUUGGCUGCCUCCCUUGGCCUCCUUCCUCCGCAGCCGAGGACGGGAGGGGCUUCCGCCGCCGGUCUCCGGCGCGGGAUGGUGGUGCGCGGCCGAGGCGAAGGCGCUGCCCAGCUGUUGCUGCCUCUGCUGCCGUGGCCUCCUUCGGAUGUUGGGAGAAAAUUAAACCGCAGAGAAAUUAAACGUCACAAAAUGAGUCUAGUACAUGAUCCUACCGGUCUUUAAUGUUCUGUGUUUAUUAUUUGGCAUUCUCUUGCCAAAGCCAAAUGAGAAAAAUACAUCGUUUUGCAGUCCACCUGUUCUUAAAGACAGUGGUACCUCCAUGCAGUGCCUGAAGUUUCUGAAUAAUCACGAAGUCAAAGGUAUACGCUUCAAGAACCUGAAGAAGUCAACAUGAAGUUAUAUGUAUUUCUGGUGAACACUGGAACUACUCUUACCUUUGACACAGAACUUGCAGUGCAGAAUGUGGCAGACCUUAAACAGGCAAUCCAGACCAAGUACAAGAUUGCUAUUCAACAUCAGGUACUGGUUGUCAAUGGAGGAGAGUGUAUGGCAGCUGACAGGAAAGUCUGUAGUUACAGUGCUGGAACGGAUACAAAUCCAAUUUUUCUCUUCAACAAAGAAAUGAUCCUUUGUGAACGUCCUCCAGCUAUCCCCAAAACGACAUUUUCAGCAGAAAAUGAGAUGGAAUUAAAAGUUGAAGAAUCUCUUAUGAUGCCUGCAGUUUUUCACACAGUCGCUUCACGAACACAGCUUGCUGUGGAAAUGUAUGAAAUUGCCAAGAAACUUUGUUCCUUCUGUGAAGGUCUGGUCCAUGAUGAACAUCUUCAGCACCAAGGCUGGGCUGCCAUCAUGGCAAACUUGGAAGAUUGCACAUAUUCCUACCAAAAGCUGCUUUUCAAAUUUGAAAAUGUGUAUUCAAGUUACCUGCAAUCCAUAGAUGAUAUCAAGCUAAAGCUUACACACUUAGGGGCUGCUGUUUCUAUUAUGGCCAAGAUUCCACUGCUGGAGUGCCUAACCAGACAUAGUUACAGGGAAUGUUUAGAACGACUGGAUACGUCUGCUGAACAGGGAGCGACUGAAAGUGAAGACACCGAGAAUGAAAAAUCAGCUGAAGUGAUGCUUUCUCCUGAAAUUCUUAACAUGAACAAACAAUCGGUGUUGGCAUCAUUUUGCAAAUCAGUAGAACAUCCAACCCUAGGUGGCAGAGCUUCUGAAAAAGUGAAUGAAAAUAGGGAAGGUAGUCAAAACCCUUCCAUCCAUGACAGUGGCACUUCAGUGGAGCUUCAAGAGAGUGAUCUGCCUUCAUUUAAUGUCUCCCUUUUAGAUUGGAUUAAUGUUCAAGAUAGACCAAAUGAUGUGGAAUCUUUGGUUAGGAAAUGUUUUGAUUCUAUGAGCAGACUGGAUCCAAGGAUUAUUCAACCGUUUUUGGCAGACUGUCGACAAACAAUUGCCAAAUUAGAUAAUCAGAACAUGAAAGCCAUUAAGGGUCUUGAGGACAGGCUUUAUGCAUUGGACCAGAUGAUAGCUAGCUGUAGCAGGCUGGUAAAUGAACAAAAAGAACUUGCUCAGGGAUUUUUGGCUAAUCAGAAGAGAGCAGAAAACUUGAAAGAUCCUUCUGUGUUACCUGAUUUAUGCUUGAGUCAUGCAAAUCAAUUGAUGAUUAUGUUAACUAACCACAGAAAACUUUUAGAUAUUAAACAGAAAUGUACUACUGCCAAACAAGAACUUGCAAAUAAUCUACAAGUGCGACUAAAGUGGUGCUGCUUUGUAAUGCUUCAUGCUGACCAGGAUGGCGAGAAACUGCAAGCCUUGCUUCGUCUCGUGACAGAGCUGCUAGAAAGGGUGAAGAUUGUAGAGAAGCUUAGUAAUGUCCCUCAAAUGUAUUGUUUGGCUGUUGUUGAAGUUGUAAGGAGAAAAAUGUUUGUAAAACACUACAGGGAGUGGGCUGGUGCUUUGAUAAAAGAUGGGAAGCAUCUUUACGACUCUGAAAAGGCCAAAAGGGAAUCUUUUGGGAAAUUGUUUAGGAAAUCUUUUCUAAGAAAUCGUUUGUUUAGGGGACUUGAUGCAUGGCCUCCAUCCUUUUGUACCAAGAAACCUCGCAGAUUUGAUGGUGAACUUCCAGAUAUCUCAUUAUCUGAUCUACAAUUUCUGCAGUCCUUUUGUCCUUCAGAAGUACAACCAUUACUCAGGGUCCCCAUACUUUGUGAUUUUGAACCUCUCCACCAGCAUGUGCUUGCUCUACAUAACCUGGUCAAAGCAGCACAGAGUUUGGAUGAAAUGUCACAAACGAUUACAGAUCUGCUGAAUGAACAAAAGGCUUCCAACAGUCAAGUCUCACCACAAUCUAUCACUACACCAAGGAUGGAAAGUACAACAGGAACAAUUGCUACCUCUCCUAAAACUCCUCCACUACUCAGUCUUCAAGGACCUCUGUGCCCUCCUGUGUGUCCCCCAGGUCCUUUGGAAGAAUUAUCUCCAGACAGUAUUGAUGCUCAUACAUUUGAUUUUGAAACGAUUCCUCAUCCAAGCAUAGAGCAAGCUCUUAAGCAAGGGUCUUUAGACUUGGACUCAUUGGCUGAAAGUCCAGAAUCUGAUUUCAUGUCAGCAGUAAAUGAAUUUAUAAUAGAAGAAAAUCCAGUAUCUCCAAAUGUUAUAAGUGAUCCUCAAAGUCCAGAGAUGAUGGUGGAGUCUCUCUAUUCCUCAGUUAUCAAUGCAAUAGACAGUAGGAGGAUGCAAGACACAAAUAUACGUGCAAAAAAGGAAAUUUUAGAAAAUUCUGCUGUAAAUGUUUAUAUGGAGAAAUGUAGAGAUGUUGCCCAGGAGUCCCGGCUAAAUUUAAUAAACAUCAAAGAAGAUCUUUGUCACUUUAGAACAUUUGUGGAAAAAGAACAAUGUGAGUUUUCCAGUUCUUUAAAAUGUACUUCUAUAGAAAUAAGAAAUAUUAUAGAAAAGGUAAAACUUUCUCUUGAAAAAACACUAAAAGAUAAGCAUCAAAAAGAACUGCAAUCUUUAAAAACUGAAUAUGAAAGUAGAUUGAAUACUUUAGUUGAAGAUGGUAAAGAGAACCAAAAAAAGAUAACAAAAUUAAAGUGUGACUUAAAAGGUCUUGAAGAUGUUUUGCAUCAUAAAGAUAAUGAAUUUGCAGUAGUAAAGAAUGAAAAGGAAGCAGUUGAGAUUUUACAGAAUGAAAAAGAUCAGAAGCUACUUCGAUUGGAAAGCCAAAUGCAGAAUCAGACUUGUGAAAUUAAGGAACUAAGGGAGUCCCGUGAAAGAGUGUUAGAAAGUCUGAAACAACUUCAAAUUGAAAAUGAAGAAAAAAUGCAGCUUUUGAGGGAUGAACUUCAGAUUUUGGAAAAAGAUCACUUAAAUGAAUUAGAAUCUAAUCUGCUUGUCAGACAUACACAAGAAUUUGAACAAUUAAUGGUCAAACACAAUGAUACUUUAGAGAAAUUGAAAAAAGAAAAUGUACACCGACUUGAACAAAUGCAAGAAUCUCACACUGCAGAUGUACAUGCAAAAGAACAACAGGUUGAAGAAUUAAAGGCCAAGGUCUCAGAACUUUCUGACUUGAGGUGUAAAUUAGAAGUUGAACUUGCAUUGAAAGAAGCAGAAACAGAUGAAAUGAAAUUACUUUUAGAAGAGAACAAAACUCAGCAGCAGGAUAAUCUAAAACAUCUUGUUGACAAGGAAACUGAAAUGUUAAAGAAAGAGAUAGAUAAAUUGAACCAUAUAAUUGAAGUUAAUAAUGAUGAAUAUCAGGUGGGUUUGGCAGAGCUAAGAACUCUAAUGACAAUUGAAAAAGAUCAGUGCAUUUCAGAAUUAAUUGACAGGCAUGAAGAAGAAACAAAUUUGCUUAGAACUGAAUUGAGCAAAGUAACAUCAUUGCAUCAAAAAGCUCUUGAAGCAGAAAAAAAGUUGGAAGAACAAAUAACAGAAUUGCAAGGUAAGCUUGAAUUGGAAGUGAGCACCUUAGAGAAGCAGAAAGAGGAAAAUUUGGCUUUGUGUGAACAGCAGAAGAAAUAUGAAGCCACUAUCAGUAAGCUUGCAGAGGAGAAAGAACUACUAGUAACGAACCACGAGCAGGACAGAAAAGUACUUGUACAGAAGCUUAAUUGUGAAAAAGAAGAUGCAGUACGAAAUGUCUGUAAAGAAUUUGAGUUGCAGAGGGAAGCAGUAGAAAAAGAACUUUUGGAAAAAAUCCAGCAACUUGAGAUGCAAGUUAAUCAGAGUUCUGAUGAAUCAUCUGCAUCAAGCUUGGUUGCAGAACUUCAAGAAAAGCUUCAGGAGGAAAAAGUGAAGUUUUUGGAGCAGCUUGAAGAACAGGAGAAAAGGAAAAAUGAGGAAAUGCAAAACAUUCGAACAUCACUCACUGCAGAACAGCAGACUACCUUUAACACUGUUCUAACAAGAGAAAAAAUGAAAAAAGAAAACAUAAUAAAUGACCUCAGUGACAAAUUAAAAACGAUAAAACAACAGCAAGACAGGGACAAAGAUCUGAUUGAAACCCUUUCUGAAGACCGAGCUCGUUUACUUGAAGAGAAGAAGAAACUUGAAGAGGAAGUUAAUAAACUGAGAUGCAAUUUUGUUCCAUCAACCUAUGUACCUCCUACUUCAGAAGCUGGAGCUUGUGCAGUUGAUUUUUCAGCAGAAUCUGAGCGAUUGACUUCAGAAACAGCAGAAGAAGGAAGAAUGGAUUCCACACUAGAAACCAGUAUGAUGGCUGUCAAUGAAAACAUGCAAAUGUUGUCUGAAGAAAAACAGAGGAUAAUGAUGUUAGAAAAGACUCUGCAGCUGAAAGAAGAAGAAAACAAGAGGCUAAAUCAAAGAUUGAUGUCUCAAAGUAUGUCUUCAGUGUCUCUAAGACAUUCUGAAAAAAUUGCCAUUAGAGAUUUUCAGGUUGGUGAUUUGGUUCUCAUUAUUUUGGAUGAACGUCACGACAACUAUGUAUUAUUUACUGUUAGCCCAACUUUGUAUUUCUUACAUUCAGAAUCUCUUGCUGCACUGGAUCUCAAACCAGGUGAGUGUGCUUCAGGUGCAACUCGAAGGCCCUGGGUGUUAGGAAAAGUAAUGGAAAAGGAAUAUUGUCAGGCAAAAAAGGCACAAAAUAGAUUUAAAGUUCCUCUUGGUACAAAAUUCUACAGAGUAAAAGCAGUGCCAUGGAACAAGAAAGUAUAACACUUCAUGGAACUUCAGCUCAGUACCACCUUUUUUUUCUGGCUUGGCCUUCAGGUCUCAUUUCUCACUCCAAGCAGCAGGCCAUCUUUUUAUACUGAGGUCACAUGACAAUGCUUCACAAUAGGAUACUUUUUUCUUUUUAAUGUGUUACAUUUGAAAAACAAGCAUCUCAUCACAACAUCUGGCCUAACUGUUCCAGUUUUUUACCCAAAUAACUUUAGAAGUGUGGACCAAAUGAGUUCAUUUUCUGAAAGGGCAAAUCUUGUGUAUCAGGGCUUAUUUAUUAGCCAUUUUAAUUGCCUGUUAAAUAUACAUUAGUUCAUAUUAGGUGUUAAAUGUUAGCUGUCAUUACCAGCAUAUGUCCUUUGUGAAAUCAUUAUCAAAGUACUUGCACUCUUUAACAGAUUCUUUAUAAUAUGUAUAAAAUACAUCAGCUAUCUAAAAGAGGAGUGUUCAUUGCAUGCAGAUAAUCAUAAUUUUCUUCAACAUGUGAUUGCCUCAGUAGAUGAAAAGGUAACUACUGCAACUUGCUUCAUUGCAUUUAAAAGCCCUUUAAUAUAAAUGGCAGAGAAAAGGAAAAAGUAUCUUGUUAGGCUGAUAUGAAUCAGCCCUAGGUCAGUCUCCAAUCUUCAAAACAUGUUGAAGGAUUGAUCACAGAUUUUGAAGGGAAGUAGGUAUGUUCUUGUAUUUAAACAAAAUGCCUGAGCCUUCCCAGUUCACAGAGAAGUCUUGUAUUGCUCUACUUAGAAAAAUCAUAUUGAUGAAAUUGUAUUUCAUGGCUGAGGUUCAGGAGGAAGAAGAAUCCAUUGUACAUUAACUAUAAAAAGGCCAUUUAAGUAACAGAUUAUUGUAUUGUAAAAGACAUGUAGAAUUUUAAAACAAUAAAGAUUUGAACCUGUAAAUGUCUCAAUGGUCUGCAUGCUUUUUAAAUGCCAGUGUAGUACAGCACUUCUAUCCAAGACUGUUCUUGUAAAUUUUAAAUUAAAAUGUAUAAGACAAUUUGUAUGAAUAUUUAAAAAAAAGCUUGUAUUAUUCCAAAAGAACUACAUUCUGAAAACUUCAGUGUAUGAUUAAACUCAUAAUUUAAAUGACAAUUUUACGUUUGCUCAGCAAAGUUAAAUGGUUCAAAUAAAUUGCUUGGGAUGAGGUAAAAUUA